AUGGAUGGUGCACCUGUCCAGAUUGGACGGAAGACAACAUUUAUGGAUACGAUUCGUCGAUGCAAUAUCGACCAUCACAUUUCCAAACCUUACACUCCAAAGGAAAACCCGUCUGAAGGUGGAAUUCGAGAGUUGAAAAGGAGGUAUUACCGAUUGAUCAUCAAACACGGUAUCCCUGAACGUCUUUGGGACUUUGUCUUGGACUACGUGGUUGACACAAUGAAUGAUACCGUCAAUUAUUCAAAGUACUCUGAUGGUCAGGUACCUUUAGAAAUUAUAACUGGAAUCACACCAGACAUCACUGAAUAUCUGGAUUUCACGAUAUAUGGUUGGGUGUUCUUUCGCAGCGAUGGCGGCCUGGGGGUCAACCACAUUGGAAAAUGGCUUGGAGUCUCGCACCGUGUGGGACCCAUGAUGACAUAUUGGGUUCUCCCAAAGAGCGGUAUCCCCAUUUCUCUAGAUACUGUCCAAAUGGUAACCAACGCUGAACAGCAAACUGAUUCUGUCAAACAACAGAUGCAACGUUGGACAGCUGAUGUCUCCAAGAUAGUUGACGCCAAAUCUACUCACAUCAACUGGGGGAAGGAAGAGAUUCCUCAUCAAAUGAUGUUCGAUUUUGACGACGAAGAUGACGAAUUUAUGCGCAACUUUAGUAUGCUCAUCAACCCAGAGACGCCGGAGGAUGGCGACUUUGAGGGGACUGAAGAAGCUGCAGAUGACCUUGAUGCCCAAGAUUAUACCAACAUGGAGAUUGGUUUACGACGAGGCGCAGAAGGCAAACUCCAAAGGGCAAAGGUGAAACGACGGAUAGUGGAUGAAAAUGGAAGACCAAUUGGCGUCGCUAGCUCCAACCAAUUGCUUGACACACGACAGUAUGAAGUAGAAUACGCAGAUGGCGGUGCUGAAACAUUCGCAGCUGAUAUCCUUGCUGAGAAUUUGCUUGCACAGGUCGACAAACACGGACAUAAGCACCGACUGAUGGAGGAGAUUUCGGACCACCAUAAAAAUGCUAAGGCAAUCACAAAGAGUGCGGGAUCGAUGCUCCUCCCUAGUGGACGGACUCGAAAGCGCCAAACAACUGCUGGCUGGGAACUUCAUGUGAUCUGGAAGGACGGAUCAUCCAAUUGGGUAACACUGAGAGACAUGAAAGAAUCCUUUCCCCUUGAGGUUACAGAUUAUGCCAAGUUAAAUGGUAUUGACGAUGAACCAGCAUUCGCAUG